AUGGCUGACGCUCCACCACCAGAAGCCGCUGGCGCACCACCACCAGAUGCCGCUGGUGGACAAGCGGUACUUUCUAUUGAUCCUCCAGUUGCUUGUGUGCCAGCUUCAGGCGGACAAUCCGUCCAUCAAGUAACUAAUCCAACUGGCCUCCGUUUGGCUUUUAAGGUGAAAUCGACGAAUAACAAUGAUUAUCGUUUGAAGCCAGUAUACGGAAUCGUUGAGCCAUCUAGUGCUACAGCUAUAGAAAUCACACGUUCUGCUGGACCACCAAAAGAAGACAAAUUUGUAAUUCUUUUCAAGGAGGCACCACCAAACUCUGACCCGGCAACUCUCUUCAAGGAUGGCACUGCAAUUGGAGAAAUCAAUCUCCCAGUAAACGCGCAAUGA